AAUUAAACCAACUCUAGAUUUUGAUGUGGUGUAAGGUUACAAGGACUAAGACAAACAAACGAGUGGCUGUUGAUUUGUCCAAGCUGAUUGGCGCUCGUGUUGCGAUAAUAUGUAACAGUCGCAUUCCUGUGCUACUAUCUGCUGGUUGCACUCUUCAACAUGCACAAGGCUCAUUCACGUGUGUUGCUGCCUAUUGCUGAUCUGCAGUGUUGCAGACUGGCACAGAGAGCCUUCUGUGAUCAGUUAGGGUCAAUUCUUGAUUGUGAAACACGCUCGCAUAACCAGACACAUUCUGUACACGGUGUUGAACUGUGCAUACAUUCCUUCCUUCCUUAUCAUGUUCUUCAGGGGUGCUGCCCUCCCCUGCAAUCAAGUAUAAUUAUUUUAACAACAACAUUUUUUUUUGGGUUCUUUUGAACUGAGUCAUCUUUCUUUCUCUGCAAUUUGUAUCCAAAGCCUUGUUGUGUUUUCGCAGAGUUAGUGCGUUGAUACGAAGUGUGGACUUUACUCCCAGUUCCUCGGGUGAUGAGUCGGUAUCUGACUGAACUUUUUUUGUAGGAGGUCAGCUGAUGUUUGUUUGAGUGACAGUGCAGCUACAGAUGAAUCUGUGAAUGACUGUGGUGCCUUAUCUUGAAGGGAAAAUUGAGCAUUAACCGGGUGACUGCUGCUCCUUGAAAAGUCCUAAAACAUCUUAAAAUGAUUAAAUGUUCUCAAAAUGACAGUUAAUCCUUCAGUCUGCCAUUCAAAUGUCUCAAAAUGUCAAACCAGCUGACAAGAAAAAUUUGGCUUACACACAUUGCCUCGUGUUGGUACUCUUCCGUUACUGAAAAGAAAAACCCACAGUGGGUACUGAAACAACUUGAAACUGGAAAAAGUAACAAUCAAUUUUAAAAAAUACUGAAAGUUAACGAAUAAAAAUCAGGGAUUUCAAUCAGGCAGCUACAUUUAUUUAAAAUACUUGACUUCUUGAGAUUUCAUUGUCCUGCACAGAUUCAAGACACCCUAUGCCUGAUGUAGCAAGGUGGCCCCAGAACAUAAGUAAGCUUCCUCCAUGCUUAUCAGUAGAUAGUGUUUGUCUAGAACAAUUUUUUUAGGUAUUAAAAUGGCAAUUAUUGUGCUUUAAUCUCAACCGAAAAUUCAAUCAUUUGAUGGCUUUAUUCACAAAAUUAAACUUGCCAAAAUAAUCCACAGCGACAGCUCUAAUAACACUCACACUGAGGCUGAUAAGGGGAAAUCCAGGAUGCUUUGAUCGUCUUGAGAUUUCAUUGUACCGCGCUCAGAUUCAAGACACUUUGGCUGGAUGUGCUGGAGGCUAUUGUUCUGCUGCAACUUUGCUGCAUAUUACAUCUUUGGGUGUCUUGAGUCAGUAGUUUGUUUUGUUGAGUGUAGAUAAGGUAGAUUUAGGUCAGUGGUUCUCAAACGCUUUACUCCAAAUCCAACCUAAAAAAAAUAGUCCAAGUACCACCAUAAUGAACAACAUUAAAAUACAGUUCCAUGAAAUGAGGCAGAUGUUUUAUUCCUGAAUAUUUAAUAUUGUAAACCACUGUAACAUUAUGCCCAGUUUGAACAUGAACAGUUUAACACUGCGCUUACUGUAGGAAAAAGAAAAAAACUAUACUUUAAUAAUAAUUCAAAUAAAAUGUUCAUCCAUUUUCUGUACCGCUCAUCCUCAUAAGGGUAGCGGCAAAUAAAAUUUAUUGCAAAUAAAAGUUCCAAAAAAUUGUACCUUAACAAAUGUUUUAAAAUAACAGUUAAAAAUUAAACAUUUAAAUGUAUUGCAGUUAAAGUAUUGAAUUUAACAAAUCUACUAUACUGGAUUUAAUCCUGGUAUAAUCCACUGUUUGCACAUUUGGAGCAUUACAUUCAGUGAUUUUUACACAUACCACGGAUAAAUACUGCCACCUGAAACCUUUGUAAAAUAAUUAUUUCAUACUUGAAAUAUUGUGAUACAAUAUUGAGCCUAUACCGACCACUCCUAGUGGUCCCAUUUAGUGAAGCAGAGGUCCUAAAUUUUGUUGAAGUAUCCUUGGAAAAGGUUGUAAAAUGACAUAAAUUACAAGUGUUAAAAGUUCAUUAAAACAACAAAGUGGUGAUUGACAGUUUUCCACCACUGCAAACCUUUUGUUAAAUAAUACCUCUCUGACAACGUUCCAUUUAAGUAUGUCAACAUGAUGGCGGAUUCAGUGCAAAGUGACUCUCCCGUGAUUAUGCGGCUGGUUAAAUUUGGAAUUGCACAGCGGGGAUUUCUGGCCAAACCGGCUGGUGAGGUUUUUGCGGGUAAAGACUGUGAAGAGCCGGAAUAAAAAUACAGCCCCAGUGCGAUGCCGUUGGAAGCUUCUUGCGACCUGCUUUCUGCCCGUGCCUCGUAUCUGUGUUGUAUAUUUAUCCCAAUGCGUCCAUGCUGUAGCCUAAUAAGGCUUGCUGCUUGCAGGCGGCGAGUGAUGGAGGGCACACAGAAGGCACGCUGGGAAAAGUUUGGACAAAAGGAGUCAAAAAAAGUACUUUCCCACCAGCUGUGCACAUUUUUUUGUUGUUGGGAGAGACCAUACCAGGUUAUUAUAGGCCUAUAAGAUAAGUGGUUUUCGUCAGUCUUUUGAUGUGGUACAAUGUACAUUAAAUGUCAUUAUAUAGUGUAUGUGCACACAGACAGAACAUCUGUGUAUCCAUCUUAAUCAUUUAUUUGUAGCUGCAUAAUAAAGGAAUUUCAAGACAUUUACUUGUAGAUAAAUAAAGGAAUUUAAAAACAAAGUUGUGAUUUUAUGUGCGCUUACAUUUGUUUGUCUAGAGGGAUUCCCACGCUUUAUUUUAUUUUAAUUUUUUAGCUCAAAUUAGGUAUUUUACUUACUAAAGUACAAUUUAUUGCCAUAACAUUGACAUAUAAUGUGCUUAAACUAAUGACUAAAAAUUCAACAGAUUUUAAUUUACUAAAGCAAAUGUGCAUUAAAAAGUAUUUGUCAUGAAAAUUCUUUUUUUGCCCCACAAAGUAAUGUCUUAUUUGAAGAUGAAUGUGGAUUCAUACAAAAUUAUGAAUAUUGUCAAAUCUUAUUUUAUUAUUUUCACAUUUUAAUCCCAGUUUUAAUACCCUUGAGACAAAGGUUUUCAUUUUAUGUUACUUAAUUAAAACAAACUAGAAUUUUAAAAAAGCCAUUUGCAAAGAUGUUUUUUUGUUUUUUUUUUGCAUUAGUGAGCACUUUGAGGCAGCAUGGUGGAAAAUUGUUAGCACAGUUCUGAGGACAGUUCAAAUCCGACCUCCCCUGUGUGGAGUUUGCAUGUUCUCUUCGUGCCGGGCACUCUGGUUUUCUCCCUCAUCCCAAAAAACAUGCACGCAAUGCCCCAAAGCAACAGGGAGAGUCCCAGGAGUCAGUGGCACGAGGGGCCACAGCCGGUGUGGAUCACCCGUGUGGCUGGCAGUCCCACCUCCUCAGGGGCAGAGUCGGACACUGAGAGCAGCAGCACAGAGAGCGAGAAUUCCUGUGUCAAAAAGACAGAGGUGGGCUCACCCAAGGUGGUCUUGGCACCCUCCAAGCUCCAGCAGCGAAUCGCAGAGCUUGACCAGCAGAAGGAAGAACUCAAGAUUGAGCUGCAGCUGGAGAUCGCCCUGCUGCAAGGCGAGCUGCAGACGGAAAGGGCGCAGCUGCUUAGGCACACGUGCAAGCUCCAAGAGCUUCGGGAACGGGCCCAACUGAAGUCUGGCCAAAGUCAGCAGAAACAGGAGCGCGCGCGUCUUGAGGAGGAGAGGGUCCGAGUGCAGGAGCUAAGGAGGAAGUGCGAGGAGAAGCAGGAGCUGAUCCCGAGUCAGCCAGCGAGCCAGAGGGAGCGUCUCACGCUCCAGCUGCAGCACGAUAAAGAGGCGAUGGAGGCGGCCAUGCGGGCCUUUGAGGACUGGGAGUUUCGCGUUCUGGAGCAAGAGAGCGGUGUGGAUGAAGAAGAGGAGGAGGAGGGGGGUGUGGGCGAGGAAGACAAGGGCAAAGAUGAAGAGAGGAGAGCGUCCCUGGAGAGGGACAUCUCCUGCCAGCAGCUUGCUGUCAGCGCAGCACAGGGGCGAGUGCAGCUGCUGGAGACGCAGCUGACGGACAUGGAGGGAGAGAAGGAGCGAGAGCUGGACGCCCUGACCAAGGAGAAGAAAGACCUCAUGCAGUCCAAUCACACAGUCAACACGAUUGUCCAAGAGAAGAAGCCACUCACCGAUUGGUCAGAUGUCACCGGCUCCGCCCCAUACAUGAUGUCACUGUCACCUUUUAGCGUUCAUAAGCCUUCUCAGGCGCCGCACAAGGAUGCUGGCACUCUUCCCCGGAGACGGAGCUUGCACCGCAGCGGCAGACUGAAGGAUAGGCCACUCUCAACUCAGGGCCUGGUGAGUGCAACCCUGGGUAGCAGCCAUCCCCAGGAGGCAUACACCUCCCCCCUCUCCUCUCCGCGCCAGCGACUCCACAACGGGCAUGCCGAGGGACACCGAGGCGACAGCGCCAACGGCUGUGAACGCCUCAUGCCCUGCGAUAGCACACAGAGCUCUCGCGCUGCCAGUCCGUGUCUGAUGGAUUUGGUGGAGAUUGAGCGGAAGUUGCGGGAAGCCAAAGCGGAACGGGAGAGGCUGCUCAGAGAAAGGGAAGAGCGACAGCGAGAGUUGUUGGAGGAGAGAAGACAGCAUGAGCUCAACACGCCCAGGCUAGAACCAGCAGAGGCAGGCAAUCUGCACAGGCCAGAACCACUGGAGAACCAGAUCAGACCACCGCUAAACUCUCCUGAGCAACUGCCUCUAUCCUUGUCUCCGGACUUCGACCUGCAUGCCCAUGUGGAGUCUCUGGGUCACAGCGUGUCGGGCUGCAAUGACCUGCGCCUGACAUCUCGCCGCUGUGCGGGCUUCCUGACUAAGCGAGGGGGCCGGGUCAAGACAUGGAAGAAGAGGUGGUUCCUCUUCGACGUGGACCACCGACGGCUGGCCUACUACACAGAUUGUGACGAGAGGAAGCUGAAGGGAGUAAUCUACUUCCAGGCUAUAGAAGAGGUUUACUAUGACCACCUGCGCACGGCCGCCUCUUCGCCUCGGCCCAGCCUGACGUUCUGCGUCAAGACGUAUGACCGCCUCUUCUUCCUGGUGGCGUCAAAUCCAGUGGCCAUGAGGAUCUGGAUGGACGUCAUCGUUACGGCAACCGACGAGCACAGCCGCUAUUGACCUCAACAGGUGAGCGCUUGCUGAAGAGGAAGACGCAGCUAUUACUUUUUAAAGCAGGAGGAGUUUUAUCAGUCUGUUUCUGGGUGCUUUGCCUCCUCUGUUGAGCCACCGUCGGGCAUUACAGCUCUGAGACACUAAGGGACCAGUAAUGCAUGACAUAGCCAAUCAAAAUUUGAUUGAUUAAUGUUCAUAUUAUACUGUGUGUGUACAGGACAUUUUCACAGGAUUAACUUAUUCUAUGGACCUGUGCGUGGGUUUGCAAAUACAAGAAGUCAUACACUGUUCUCAAAUGCACUAUUAAAUCUGUAAAGAAAUUG